AAACCCCAAAAAUAUAGACAGCAUAAAAGCAUCCUCAAGCUUCAGCUAUUCAUCACAACUAUUCUCUCCUCUCUCUUUUUUUAUUAAAAAAGCUCAAAUUUAUAUAGGUUUUUUGUUCACAAAAUGGAUUAUAACCUUCCAAUUCCAUUAGAGGGUCUCAAAGAAACGCCACCAACGGCUUUCUUGACGAAAACAUACAACAUAGUGGAGGAUUCAAGCACAAACAACAUAGUUUCAUGGAGCAGAGACAACAACAGCUUCAUUGUUUGGGAACCAGAGACUUUUGCCCUAAUUUGCCUCCCUAGAUGCUUUAAGCACAAUAAUUUCUCCAGCUUUGUUAGACAGCUCAAUACUUAUGGGUUUAAGAAGAUUGAUACAGAGAGAUGGGAAUUUGCAAAUGAGCAUUUUCUGAAGGGAGAGAGGCAUCUUCUUAAGAACAUCAAGAGAAGAAAGACAUCAUCUCAAACGCAAACGCAGUCGCUAGAAGGAGAGAUCCAUGAGCUGCGAAGAGACAGAAUGGCUUUAGAAGUAGAACUGGUUAGACUGCGACGAAAACAAGAAAGCGUGAAGACAUAUCUGCAUUUGAUGGAAGAGAAACUGAAAGUCACAGAAGUAAAGCAAGAAAUGAUGAUGAAUUUCUUGCUAAAGAAGAUUAAGAAACCGAGUUUUUUACAGAGCUUAAGGAAACGUAAUCUGCAAGGAAUCAAGAAUCGAGAGCAAAAGCAAGAGGUGAUCUCAAGCCAUGGUGUUGAGGAUAAUGGAAAGUUUGUUAAAGCUGAGCCAGAAGAGUAUGGUGAUGACAUCGAUGAUCAAUGUGGAGGUGUGUUUGAUUAUGGUGAUGAGCUUCACAUAGCUUCAAUGGAGCAUCAAGGACAAGGGGAGGAUGAAAUUGAAAUGGAUAGUGAAGGAAUUUGGAAGGGUUUCGUGUUGAGUGAGGAGGAGAUGUGUGAUUUAGUGGAACAUUUUAUAUAAUAAACUAAUGUAUUAUGAGAGGUUUUUUUUUGUUUUUUUGCUUUUUUUUUCCGAGUUUGUCAUCAAGCAUUGUAUACAAUUUGG